AUGCGGAGUUGGUUGAGAAACCUUCAUCGACUGAAACUUCUGCCUCCGUGUUGGCAAUUGCUCUCUGCGUGGUAUUCCGCUCCCAGUGGGGUCCCCCAAGGCUCGAUUCUUAGUCCAUUGCUGUUUGUGGUUCAUGUGAACGAGCUACCCGGUCAACUGUGCGGCCCAUCCCUCAUGUAUGCGGAUGACAUCAAAAUCAGGCGUACAAUCAAGAAUCCGAAUGCUCGAAGUUCUCUUCAGGCGGAUUUGAACAACCUAGCUCAGGGGGUGGACACCUAG